AACAGGCAGAGCAGCUCUUUCCAAUUCACAGGGACUGAAAACACCAGGACAACAUUGAAAAAGAAUUGACAACUUCAAAGUAGAGAAUUGGGGGAUACAGUAUCAGAAUGGAGGAAUGUGAGGGUCUGGAUCCAGAGGUGAAUGAACUACAGGUGUUUUCAGAGACCGUCAGUCAGGACGAUGAAGACGAGGUGGAGGAACUCCAAAACAGUCUGCGAGAAGCUGUCCAAGACCAGUCAGUUAAGCCUAAACUCCAGUGCCUGAUGGUGGACCCAUCAUUCUCCAUGGUCACUGUCCAGAGUGAAGACAGCGGUAUAGUGUGGGAGACUGCCUCCAGCCGCUGCUCCACUCCCUGGGCCUCUGAAACUAGCUCCAUCUCUGAAACCUACAGCAUGGAGGGCUCUGGAGCCGCAGGGAAGAUCACCAUCAUCUUUGACGAGGACAAAGUGAUCCGUAGGAGGACCAGGUCUGGAGGAAGACUCAGUAGGUUGAGCGACAGGCAGAGUCGACCCGGAAGCUCAAGAUCUGCUUCGGCUUUGGGCGUGGAGAGACCAGAAAUGGCAGAAGUCUCACUUCCCAAUAUAAAAGAGGAGAAAAAGGAAACAGAGCCAGACCUAGAGGAAAUCAAAAACAAAGACCAACAGUUGUUCAGUUUGAUUUCAGAGGGUUAUGAGAUUCUUAACAUCAGAGUGCCCUUCAAACUUCCUACUGUCGACGAGGAGGAGAGCACGGAGCUGCAGGACAAUCUUUCCUAUUUGAAUGAGACCCCAAAAAUCAAGUCCCGAAGUCAUCAUAAGCGGACGCAGCAAAAUAAUGUUCAAACAGAGGAGAAGGAGGAGGAGACGGCAGACGGUGAAGAGCUCUCAAUGCUGGACUCUUCUCAGCCUUCAGCACACACUGAGCUUGUCGACACGCCCACACAGAUAGAGGGCAGUGACAUUGACUAUUUUGAGAAGUUUACUCUUUUGGAUGUUGCACCUCCAGGAGAACAGGUUACAGAUGUCCAGGAGGAGGAGGUACAGAAACUUGGAGUAAAACCACAAGCAGAGGAGCAAAAGCCUGCUGAGGACAAGAUCACAGUCAGUCCCUCAGCAUCAGAGGAAUCCUUUGUCUUUGUUUCUGACUUGGACAUAGUUGGUGAUCACCUGGAUGAGGUCUUCUACGGAGAAGGAGCUCCUGCUGAUGCACUGCAGAAAAAGAAUGAAGAGGAGGCAAACGGAGGAACCAGGAUGAGGAUGAGAAGGGAGAGCUCAGUGAAGGAGAGUGGCUCUGUGUUGUUUGGGUCUGAAGAGACCACUUUAACACCCAUCUACUUCUCCUCCGGACCCCCAAAGAUUAUCGAUCCUAUUCUUUUAGAGGAGCCCACCGCCAUGUCCUUCAUGUACUCUGACCUUUAUGAGGAUGCUGUAGGCCAAAGGGUGAGGAGCGACGAGGAAUUCUCGGAAGCAGAAAGUGUUGCUUCGGAGAAGUCCUAUAAGAGACGUUUGUCAGAUUCGGACGAUGCAGACGGAUACCUGGAGAAGUUCACUUUAAAAGAUGAAACUCCAGCAGAGGAGGUUAAACUGGGGUCUGUUGAUGACAAGAAGGAGAGGAGAAUGUUGUGGUCACAGAGUAGGUUUGAAAUGACUGGAUGUCUGACAAGGAUGUUCAGAGAAAAGGAAGAGCAACAAGAAGAAAAGAAUAAGACAGAAAAACUGGAUACAACUAAGAUUGGAGCAGUGGACACCACUAGAGAAACUCCGGAAAAACCUAUUGACCUGAAGGAUGAUAGGGUGGAUUAUCAUCACAUCAGAGACCAGACUGCUCCACGUAGCUCUAAUGAGCCAUUAUCUGCCAUUCAAGAGGUUGACUUAUGGACAACAGAAAAGACUGAGAAGGAUCAAACAGGAGAACAAAGAAACAUUUGUAAAGACAAGCAGCCAUGUCAAAUUCCAGAAGUGGCAGAAAAAGUCUUUAAAAAAGUGUUGACAAAAGCUGCAGAUGAGAUAUCAGCAGAAACGUCAGUCCACAUGGAUGUUAAAACAAUAGGACAAACAAGGAACGAAGAUGCUGUGGAGAAAAGACCAAGGGAGACAGCUGAUGAGGAAGUGGUGGCUUCACCAGAACCCACUGCUCUAGUAGAGACUUCACCUGAAAGUCUCAUUUCCCAGCAAAAGGAACCUGCAGAGACGUUCCAUGUGGACGACGCCACUGUUGAGAUCGUCACAGACUGUGAUUUUGCACUCCAAGCUGUAGUGGAGGUUAUAGACAAAACAGUGAAUGCAAAAGAGAUGCAAACCCAAGUGCAAAUUGACCUUCAGGAGGUAAAAAAUGCUGAUGUACCAGACACUGAAAAAGCACAAAUGUUAAAGGAAUCUCUGAGUGUGGGCACUGCUCCAGUUGAGCAGCCAUCAGCGGCUUCACACAAGAGUUCAAGAACUAAAGCUGUGAUGCUGGAGAAAACAGAGACAGAAACGGACAAGAAAUGUCAAGAAAUUCCUGAAUUCUCGUAUCUUAAAACCGAGAAGUCUACUGAGGUCAAAACUACAGCACCAACAGUGGACAGUGCUACUGCAGUUCCUGACACAGUGGACGAAGGAGCUGAGUUUAUCCUCUUUGUUCCCAGAGGACAGGCUGUGGAGAUGGACAUUGAGGUCAGUCAGGACUUGGAACAGACCACAAAUAAUGUGGAGGUUGCUUCUGAACCUCUGCCUGUAGAUACAACAGUACACAUGGAGGAAAUAAAGACAGAAACUCUACAACCCCAGUCUGCUGCAGAGGUGGAGGAACCAGUCCAGAACAACUUGAAAAAGGAUUUUGUCCAACCUGCGUCACCUGCUCUGCUACAGGAAAGUAACAUAGAGGAGGAGGAGGACAUGAUGGAGGACUUAGGAGGAGAUGUGGAUGUACUCUCUCCUCUGAGGAGCUUUACUCCACAGGCAGAUUUAUCUGGACUCUUGUGUGACAUGUCAGAAGAUACAGUCGUAGAACCACCAGUGGAGAUCAACGAGGUAGAAGAUGCUACAGGAGCAAUGAUUACUGAACCAGAUGAAGUUCCAGCUAUCAACCUUAACAGGGAGGAAGUAUUAUCAAAAGAUGCAGACAUAGGACAAAAAAUGACAAACAAGGAAGAAGCUGCAACAGAACCAACAAUUUUAACAGGUAAUAAUCUGAACAGAGGAGACGUGUUGUCAGAAGAUACAGAGGCAGAAAAAACCGUGCCGAUACACAAGUCAGAAGGUGAAACAGGACAAGAAAUUAUUCAAGCAGGUCCAGGUAUUAGUCUGAAGAGAGAGAAUGUACUGUCAGAAAUUGCAGAUGUAGAAAUACAGGUGGAGAAGGACAAAGUUGAAGACUCUAUAUUAGCAGGUAUUACUAAACAGGAUGAAGGUCUGAAUACUGACCUUCACAAGGUCGAUGUUGGACAAAAGUGGCAGCAAGACAAGGUGGCUGUUGAGACACCUGGUGAGGAACUUAUAACUUAUGAAUACGAGGUAAUAUCUGAGCAGGAUGCUGAGGAGAUGCCAGAACCUGAACCACAGAGAGAUACAGAAGACAGAGGAGCAAUGAUGGAUUUGGACAAGGAGAAGAAUGAGUUUCCUCCAGAAGACGAGCCCAUCGAGGCUGACUAUGACAUCAUCGACGCGGAGGAGGAGACUCAGGCACGAUUGGCUGCUGAACUGCAGGGAAUGGAUUGGUACUGUGUCUCCUGUGGAUGUCUACUGUCAGAGGAUGAUUAUGGUUCACCACAGCACCACAGUCACCAGGUCACUACAGUGGACAAAGCCUAUGAGGAGUUCAAGGAAAAGCUGAGCGACUGGAUCUCAGAGCUCCAGGGGAGAUCAGAGAACAUUGAGGAUAUGGUCUCAGAAGUGGAGCUGGCCUACAACACUGUAGAGGACCAGUUUGUGGAGAGUGAGGCAGCCAUUCAGACUCAGAAUGAGGAGAUGAUGACCCUGGUGAUGGAGCAGUACAACAAUAUGUCUGUCAGCCUAGAGGAGGAGAAAAAGUCCAAGCUGGAGCGGCUCUAUGACCAGAUCAUCUGCUUCCAGGGGAGCAUCGACAUCACCAAGGCCACGCUGGAGACCACGGCCAGGGAGGCUGAGACUGACGCACGGUCCCCUGAAGACAUACAUGAAAGACUUAGAGUAGCUCUGGACUCGGCCAUGUCUCUGGAGCUGGGUCCUAAAGGCCUGUUGGUGUUUGAAGACUACGUCAAGAGCAACUCCUCCAGCUCACACCACGCACAGCGUAAGGGAAUCCCAGCCCCUCAGAGCCCCUCCCUGCAGCCCCAGGAGCCAGGCUCAGCCACCAGCACCAGUGUCAUUGUCUACUGGAAAGUCAACCCUGAUGACAUCAUCGACUGCUUCCAGGUCUACUGCUUAGAAGAUCCACAAGGAGCUGUGUCUGAGGAGUACCGUGUGACAGUCAAGGAGAGUUACUGCGUCCUGGAGGAGCUUGAACCUGACAAAACCUACAAAGUGUGGGUAAUGGCUGUCAACUACACUGGCUGCUCUCUGCCUAGCGAUAGACUCCACUUCACCACUGCUCCAUCAGUUCCACUCAUCAACACAGAGAACUGCACUGUUGUGUGGAAUUCAGCCACAGUGAGGUGGAAAAAACAGGCGCCUGGAGUGAGUUACACUCUAGAGUACUGUCGUCAGUACGAGCUGGAGGGAGAGGGACUGAGAUCCAUUUCAGGAAUCAAACACUGUGAACAGAAGGUUCCUUUGCAGCCCAAUGAGAACUAUCUGUUUUACAUUAAGGCAGUGAAUGAGGCUGGAGCCAGUGAGCAGAGUGAGGCCGCACGUAUUUCCACAAAAGGAACAAGGUUCCAUCUGCUGAAAGCCUCAGCUCAUCCAGCUCUGGAACUUGCAGCCGACCAUAAAACCCUGCAUUUCUCCCAGGACACAUACAAAAUCAUGCGAGCCACAGAAAAUCAGUGUCCAUCUGUCCUGGGGGAGUUGUUGCCAGCACGGGGAUGCUACUACUGGGAGACAAAUGUGUCACAGAGCACAGCUUACAGGCUGGGAGUGGCGUACAGCACAACCAGCAGGGAAAGCUCACUGGGAGAGAACACUUCUUCCUGGUGUUUACAGUGUGUUAUUACACCAGCAGGUUGCAGAUAUCAGUUGCUCCACAGUAAGGUUCUGUCCACUGUGUUGGUGAUUGAGACACCUGAGCGAGUGGGAACCCUACUGGAUUACCAGCGUGGCCGCUUGUCUUUCUACAAUUCACAAAGUGGACAACUCCUGGGUUCCUUCAGCCAGCUCUUCCCUCGACCAUGUCACCCUGCUCUAGCCUUAGAGUUGCCAGGCAGUCUGGAACUUUGUGUGGUGCAAGAAAGACCAGAGUUUACCAAAGACAGCUAACUCAAAACUGCCCUCACACAAACUGAGGAAUUCUGU